AUGCGUCCUACGGAAAAGAAAAAUAAAGACGAUAGACCUUAUAAAUGUACAUUUUGUGAAAAAGCUUUCCAUAGAUUAGAACAUCAAACAAGACAUAUUAGAACUCAUACUGGUGAAAAACCUCAUGCUUGUACGUUUCCAAAUUGUACUAAGAAGUUUUCAAGAUCUGAUGAAUUAACUAGACAUUUGAGAAUUCAUAAUAAUCCAACUUCAAGAAAGAGAAAGAAUAAGCAAAAUGAAAUGAAUAAUCAAGAACAAGUUUCUCAAUCUGAACCAAUACCUAUUCAACAUCAACAAAAUCCUCAAUUUGUACCUGCAAAUCUUCCUUUUUCAACAAUAUAUCAUUAUCCGAAUCAACAACCAUAUCCAGUUUAUAUUAUUCCACAUCAAAAUGGAACUUAUUCUCAACCAAUCCUUCAGCAACAAGGUCCACCACAACAAAUGCCAGUUCAAGUACAUCCUCAACAACCACAACAGCAAAUGGUUGUACCUGUUCCACCAAAUGAAGUUCAUUAUCAACAACAAGGACGUGCUGUAUUUUCAAUUCCAAACUCCCCUACCCUGUAUCAACAACAACAACAACAACAACAACAACCACAACAACCACAAUUCAGUUCAAACUUUACACGUCCUAUUGUUAUGUCAAGAACAAUAUCGUCAGAUGCGUUAAGAUUACCACCAUUAAAUAACAAUAAUAAUCCAUAUAAUAGUAAUCAUUCGAAUAAUUCUUCAACUUCAAAUUCUCCACCAAAUCAAAGUCAAAGAAAUAUAAUUAACCAAAAUAUAUCGAAAUCAGAAUCAACAUCACUGAUAUUUUCAGUAAAUCAAAGAAUUUUCAGUGGUUCAACAUCAACAUUACAAUCAUUAGGUACAUCACCAAAUAAUUCAAGUUCAAUGCCACCACCAGUUAAUAAAGCAACAAUUUCGUUUUCAAACUUGAAUGAAUAUUUCAAAAAUAAUCAAAAUAAUGGAUCUAGAAUGUUCGAUGCAUCUUCAUCGUCACUGAGCUCAUUAAGUGGCAAAAUUAGAAAUGGUUCAGGUGAUACAAAUUUAUCAGGAUUACAAAGAAUGACACCUUUAAAACCAACAACAUCACAAAGAACAACAAAUUUAAUACCAAAACAGCCAUCAUCAACGUCUUUAAAUUUAGAAUUCUAUAAUCAACAACAAAUGGGAUUAGGUCAUGUUGCAAAGAAAUCACGUCCAAAUUCUCCGAAAUUACAAGCAAAUACUAGCUUUACUAUUAUUUCACCAAACGAAACUCCAUUACAAACUCCAAGUCAAUCACCACAUUUACAACCACAAGAAGAACCACAAAGUAUUGCGCUUUCAGGUACUGCUUUACCUCCUAUUCGUUCAGUUUUAAGUUUUACAUCAUUAAAGGAUUAUCCGGAACCUGAAGUACCUAAAAGAGAAGAAGCUAAAGAUGUAAAGAAGUGUAUGAAUUUGAAUAGUUUAUUGAUUUAA